GCUGAGCCCCUAUGAAUGGUAUAACCCUCACCCGUGCCUCCGAGCACGUCCCCAUGUGGUGGAGAACCAGUAUACCCUGGGCAACAGCUUGUGGUUCCCCGUCGGGGGAUUCAUGCAGCAGGGCUCCGAGAUCAUGCCCCGGGCACUUUCUACCCGAUGUGUCAGCGGGGUCUGGUGGGCCUUCACUCUCAUCAUCAUCUCCUCCUACACGGCCAACCUGGCAGCCUUUCUAACCGUGCAGCGAAUGGAGGUGCCAGUGGAGUCGGCUGACGACUUGGCUGACCAGACUAAUAUUGAGUAUGGGACCAUCCAUGCAGGUUCCACCAUGACCUUUUUCCAGAACUCUAGGUACCAGACAUACCAACGAAUGUGGAACUACAUGCAGUCUAAGCAGCCCAGUGUGUUUGUGAAGAGCACAGAGGAAGGCAUCGCCCGAGUCCUCAACUCCCGCUAUGCCUUCUUGUUGGAAUCCACCAUGAACGAGUACCACAGGCGCCUCAAUUGCAACCUCACCCAGAUUGGGGGCCUCCUCGAUACCAAGGGCUAUGGCAUCGGCAUGCCACUGGGCUCCCCAUUCCGGGACGAGAUCACACUGGCCAUCUUGCAACUGCAAGAGAACAACCGAUUGGAGAUCCUAAAGCGAAAGUGGUGGGAGGGGGGCCGGUGUCCAAAGGAGGAGGACCAUCGGGCCAAAGGGCUGGGAAUGGAGAAUAUUGGUGGAAUAUUUGUGGUGCUCAUCUGUGGCCUCAUCAUUGCGGUCUUCGUCGCUGUCAUGGAGUUCGUGUGGUCCACAAGAAGGUCGGCAGAAUCCGAGGAGGUGAGGGCCCAAGGAUUCAAGAGGAUGGGGGACAGG